AUGCGGCGCAGCGGAACGGCUCACUCCUUCCUGCUCUGCGAGCGGAUCCGAGAGUCGGCAGAGUCUGCCUCAGCUCCCGUGAGUCCCCUCGGUAGUGGUGUCAUUCGGAGACGCUUCUCAGGGACGCCUUUGCUGCCCCCCCUGCCGAGCCGCCUUGGGCCCACAGGUGAGGUCGAAUCCAGUGCUCGUGUUGUGUUCACCAUCGAAGCUCGAGGACCUGAGCGGAGCUAUGGGCCAACUCCAGGCAGCUUUGACCUGGAAAAUGGACUGUCGUGUGGAAGGAGUGCCCUGGACCCUCAAGGCAGUUCAGGUCUGCGAGCCGCCCAGACCUCUGCUUCCCACAGCCAGCGGAGAGAGUCUUUCCUGUACCGUUCAGACAGCGAUUAUGAGCUUUCGCCCAAACCUAUGUCCAGGAACUCAUCCGUGGCUAGUGACUUGCACGGAGAAGACAUGAUUGUGACGCCUUUUGCCCAGGUUCUGGCUAGUCUGAGGACCGUUCGGAGCAACAUGGCAGCCUUCGCCCACCUGCAAGGCUGUGCAGCCACCAACCAGGGCAGGCUUGGGACACCGGUGGCCAGUUCUGAGUUGACUCCUCCACAGGAUUCUGGGCAGAAGCUGGCAUUGGAGACGCUGGAAGAGCUGGACUGGUGCCUGGACCAGCUGGAGACCCUGCAGACGCGACACUCUGUAGGAGAGAUGGCCUCCAACAAGUUCAAACGGAUGCUGACCAGGGAGCUGAGCCACCUGUCAGAAACCAGCCGCUCAGGAAACCAGGUGUCUGAGUACAUCUCCAGGACCUUCCUGGAUCAGCAGACUGAGGUGGAGCUGCCCAGGGUGACAUCCACAGAACCCCCAUGGCCCAUGUCGCAGAUCAGCGGCCUGCGCGAGCUCCCCAACAGUGCCAGCCUCUCUCUUGCCACUGUCCCUCGCUUUGGCGUCCAGACUGACCAGGAGGGACAAUUGGCUAAGGAGCUGGAAGACACUAACAAGUGGGGGCUUGACAUAUUCAAGGUGGCAGAGCUAAGUGGGAACCGGCCCCUUACAGCCAUCAUGUUCCGCAUUUUUCAGGAGCGAGACCUGCUAAAGACAUUCCAGAUCCCGGCUGACACAUUCCUCACCUACCUGCUGACGCUGGAGGGCCACUACCACGCUGACAGGGCCUAUCACAACAGCCUACAUGCCGCUGAUGUGGCACAGUCCACACACGUGCUGCUAGCCACACCGGCCCUCGAGGCCGUGUUCACAGACCUGGAAGUCCUCGCUGCCAUCUUUGCAAGUGCCAUUCACGAUGUGGAUCAUCCUGGGGUCUCCAACCAGUUUCUGAUAAACACAAACUCAGAGCUUGCACUCAUGUACAAUGACGCCUCUGUGCUGGAGAACCAUCACCUGGCUGUGGGCUUCAAGCUACUGCAGACCGAGAACUGUGACAUCUUUCAGAACCUCAGUGCCAAGCAGCGCCUGAGCUUGCGUAGAAUGGUCAUCGACAUGGUGCUGGCCACGGAUAUGUCCAAACACAUGAACCUGCUUGCUGACCUCAAGACCAUGGUGGAGACCAAGAAGGUGGCCAGCCUCGGGGUCCUGCUGCUGGAUAACUACUCCGACCGCAUCCAGGUCCUACAGAACCUGGUGCACUGCGCCGACCUGAGCAACCCCACCAAGCCGCUGCCCCUCUACCGCCAGUGGACAGACCGCAUCAUGGCCGAGUUCUUCCAGCAGGGUGACCGAGAGCGCGAGAUCGGCCUGGACAUCAGCCCCAUGUGUGACAAGCACACGGCCUCUGUGGAGAAGUCCCAGGUGGGUUUCAUUGACUACAUUGUCCACCCUCUGUGGGAGACCUGGGCCGACCUAGUGCACCCAGAUGCCCAGGACCUGCUGGACACACUGGAGGACAACCGAGAGUGGUACCAGAGCAAGAUCCCCCGCAGCCCUCCGGCCCCCAGCAGCCCCCAGCGCGGUGGGCCUGACCGCUUCCAGUUCAAGCUGACCCUGGAGGAAGCGAAGGAAGAGGAAGAGGAGGAGGAAGAGCAGGAAGCAAUGGGUGGGGAGGCCUCAGAGUUGCCUGACACUGAGCUCUUGUCCCCCAAGGCCAGUCCUAACCCCCAGAUGCCACAGCUGGAUAGCCAGAGGACCGAGGGCAGGACUUUCAUGGCCUGUGAGGGCGAUGUGAUGGCCCAGCCCUUUGGCACCUAA